AUGGCUGUGCUCUCCUCUCCACGACGUGUAAUUUUCCCUCUUGAUUGUAGUGAGGUCGGGGCAGCCAGCUCUCUCGCGCCGAAGAUCGGCCCUUUGGGUCUCUCCCCGAAGAAGAUCGAAGAGGACAUAACCAAGGAGACGGCCAAAGACUGGAAGGGCCUUCCAGUCACCGUCAAGCUCACCGUCCAGAAUCGCCAGGCCAAAGUCACCGUCGUCCCCUUCACUGCGGCCCUCAUCAUCAAGGCCCUCAAGGAGCCCGAGCGCGACUGCAAGAAGACCAAGAACAUCAAGCAUAAUGGAAAUAUCUCACUGGACGAUGUUAUCGAGAUCGUCAGGGUGAUGCGCCCCAGGUCCAUGGCCAAGGACCUCUCCGGCACCGUCAAGGAGAUUCUCGGAACUUGCGUGUCCAUAGGCUGCACCGUCGACGGCAAGGACCCCAAGGACCUUCAGCAGGAGAUCUCCGAUGGUGAAGUAGAGGUUCCUCUUGAGUAAUUCUAGGUUAUUUUUACAUUUAUGAUCAUUUUGCUU